AAUGAAACCUUUAAGGCACAGUCCUCACGCAAAGGUAAAAGCGUUGCUUCAACCACCUUCUCCAAUGCAAAUGGCUACGAAUCCUUCUUCCAUCGUCUUCUUGGUCACACUUGCCAAUUGCCCCUACUUCUGUCUGAAGCAUUGCAUCAGCUUCAUUAUCUUCAAAGUCGUUUCAAGUCAACCGCGUCGUCACCCCUUAAUGAAUCUGAACUAAUCUUCUGGAGAGUUCUUCUACAUGUGGUUCGCACACUAAUUUCGAGAGUCCGUUCCGAUGGCACUCUUGAAAUUCCUGAAGAGGGGCUGUCUACUAACAAUACUACUAGAACUACUCGAUCCUUCGUGAAGGAUGUGACGGAAGCUAAGCAGACGGAUUCUAAGCCAAUUGAUCCAAACCGCUGUUCCACAGGAACUCAAAGUACCAACUCCUACGGUACUGGUUCUAAAUUCAACAUUGAGAAAAGGAAAAAAAAGACACGAGAAACCUGCUCCCUAUUCUACUUUAUCAACCCUUUCAUGCAAGCCGCGUUGGAUUUGAUGCAAUCCUGUUUUCGGCAUCUCCAAAUUGAGGUUGGUUCCUCCACAUCCGACAACAGCCAAGACAAAUUGGUUGAGCGUCUCUGUCCAGAGCGUUUGGCGGCCCUUGCUGAGGAACCCGAGAAGUAUAACUCCCUUUUACUGGCCAGUCCCACCAUCGGUCGCCUUGUGGAGUCUUUGCGUUUCGCUUCGCAAUCUUCUGGUGACGGAGAGCGUCUGCAUGCCUUCAAGGGACUCGUUGGUCUUGCUGGCUCUCUAUCUUGGCCGAUUUCUAAGUCGGAUACACUCUCUUCAGUUUUCCGCAAUCAUCUUACCACCACUCCAGUUGAAAGUGUUUCUGCUUCUCGUUCACUUCUUCUCGGUUGCUUAUUGAAAGAGACUGUCGAAUUCGCAGACUCCCUCAUUGAUUACAUUCGCUCCAAUAUCUCAAAUUAUUGCUCACUAAUAGAUGGAAGUUCUUUGGAGGAACGCCAGUCAGUCCUAUCUUUCCUCACUUCUCUCCAACUCAAUCCUCUUGUCUCCACACUGAAUAUUGAUCUCACUAGUAUGAUGCGUUUCUAUGCCACUUUACUUAGAAAAACACGCCAUACUAGUCUUCUUACUCGCUUUAUGGACAAAUCAGUUAUCAACGCCCUUGUGCAAUCAGAGGUGAUAAGUGACGAUGACCUUAGACGGGCAGUCUUUUCCUACUUAGAAGUCGCUACUGGUCUCCCUGAGGUUCUCACUCGAUUCGUAAAAGAAGACAAAGAUGUCGACCCCUUACCGCUUUUUGAUUCCCCGAAUUGUUCUCCUGAGUAUCUGCGUCUAAUGUGCAUCAUUCUUCUCAGAGCUAUCAAUCCCCAAUCACAUCCUGAGCUGUAUCUAGAAGCAGCUCGCAAGAUUCUAUCAAGGGCUGUGGGAUGUGGUCUGAUUGCUAAAGUUUGUAUUUCUGUUUUGACCUCUUCGACUCAUCGGUAUGCCCGUUUAUUUGAGAGACUUAUGCGUCUUAUUGCAACUCCCUGGCCAAAUGCAGAUGAUGUUAAAGUAAAGUGUUUAACUGUUCUUUUGGAUGUGGCUGAAAACUACGACUGCCCAAUCAAGGGCUACUACAUAAUCUCCGGAUUUAGAUGUCUUCUUCUUGCUUCAUGGAACACAAAUGCUUCCACUCAUGUUAGAUUUGUGGCAAUUCUAACGAAGUGGGUGAACCGAGCGAGUGAAAUGCUCUCCAAAGAUACUUGUGCUAGUUCUAUAAAGGAUAACUUACUUCAGACACUCUGUGCUGCUUAUGACUACUUUAAUCUCAUACUCCAAGUUCUUAGUUCCAAAGAAGCAGUUUCAUCGGAACCAAAACUCGAUGUACCUGAUAGUCAAUACAGCCAGAAUAGAAAUCUCAACUCGGUUUAUCAGCUGAAACAUCCAGAAUUCAGAAAAUUCCUGAACUUUUUCACCAGCUUGGACAAUGAGAAUCGUCCAGGACACUGUUGGAAUGCCUCUCUUGAUGGCUGUCUUCUUAAGGCACUUUGUGGACCAGCAUCUAGGUCAACGGAGAAUGGAGGUAUUCUAACCACCCUCCCCUUCCAUUCGAUUGUCACCUCACCGUUAGAAUGGGCUUGUGAGAAAGUUUGUACCUUUCCUAAUACUCAGCAUCAGUACAUUCGUCAACCAUGGUACGGUUGUGCCACCUGCGGAAUUGUUUCCAAUCAUGGAGCUUGUCAUUUGUGUGCGCAAGUUUGUCAUCCAGGACAUGACUUGGUGUACGAGAACACCAGUGAGUUCUUCUGUGAUUGUGCUGCCGAAAUGGGUGACAGUGGAAAGUGUCUGGCGGUGAAAAGGAGAGUUGUGACGGAUCGUAAAAGUGUUUUUGGAAGUCUUAUGCCUUGGCUUAACUGGUCGAGUUUUCAACGUUCAAUUGGAGAUUCCACUUGUGAACUGAUCGCAAAGGCAGCUACACGUCGAUCUUCAAUUACUUAUCCCUUCGAGAAUACCGUUGUACCAUCAUCUCCAUCACCCCCCUCCAACACGCUAUCUUCCGGCACACAUUUCCCAGUUCGCACUUCAGUUGUAGUCUCGUCUGCUAGCACAGAUACACCUGCACUCCCUCCUAGACCCGGAAGUAGUGCCAAUGAUAAUAAUACCGUUUCUGCUCAGGAAACGAAUGCUGCAUCUGAGUCAUUAUCACCUCGCCUUAGAAGAACAGGCGGUAUUCGUGGGAGACGCAAUGCCCCUAUCGCUUCAACUAAUACUUCUGGUUCCGAUACAAACAUAAGAACUGUAGGUGAAUCAGAAAGUGCUUUCCAACUUACACCCUCUCUCGAAGUUACUUUUCCUGAAAUUUUCAAUGGAAACAACGAUGGAAGCCCAUGGAAGCGAUUUAGUUUAUGGAGAAGUGGUACAGAAGAUGAAAGAAAACGAGUCUUGGAGACAUUUCGGCAGAAAUUUGGUGGAGAUAAGCUUCAACCUCGCCUCCAAGAUGUGGUUAUACGAUUGAGAAAUCAGUUCAAUAAAUUGAGUGAUGAGGAGAGGAGAGAUAUUCUUGCUGUUGUUAGAUCUCCAGACCUCUUGAAAACCGCCUCUUUUCUACUGAAAUGGGAACUCACCAACAAGUCUUCGUCUCUUGCGUUGAAAGAGGGAAAUGACUCGUUUGCUGAAGUGUUCAGACAGGUUGCAGCAGCUGAAAGUCUUCACUCCUUGGCGAUCGAGUAUAUUACUUCUGAGGCUGGAGCAAAAUCACACAAUAUUGUAUUCUCUUCGUCUAUUGUGACACCGGUAUUAUGCUUCGAAGCUGGUCCAUCAUUCAAAUCUGAUGAGCCGAGCACUCCAGGAACCAAUGAAGCAGUCAUUCCACCACCAACUCUGAAGUCCAAUCUUACUCCAGCUCCUUCACCCGAUCCCAUUCCGACCGAAACAAUUGUAGGACUUAAUCGCAACGCACCUAAUUCUUCUGCUGAAAUGGCUACCAGACUCCCCUCUUGGGUCGCCGAUAUCCUCGCUAACCCUAGUGAUCUUCAACAAUUCGGUCUUGUUGUUGCCACACAAGGUGCUAUUGCUCGAUUGAAGCAAAGCCUCAAUAGUGCCAUCAGUCUCACAGCCUUUCUCACGCAAAUACCCUCUGUAAACGGAGAAUUUAAGCACUUCCUUGUAGCCACGAUUCCUCAAAACAGUCGCCAGGGUCAUACCUCCUAUAUUACAAAAUCAAGUGUCAGCGUCUUCCAGAUUGAUGAUUUACUCUCUACAGCUGCCAUGUGUCUUGGUAAUCAGGAGUCAGGUCGCUUACUCUCUUCCUCGCCCUCUUCGCUCUCUUCCUCGCCUUAUUUUGUGGUGGAUAUCAACUCUCUUCCGAGGGUGUGUAAAAUCAACUGUAACUGUGAAGUCUCUCGCCUCACACCACAUCCUACUAACGGGUCGCUAUGUAUUGCCAGCAAUAUGCAGAAUUGUGUGAUAUUCGGUCUUUCGCCAUUGGGCGAGGCUUGCGGACGUUUGAGUAUCACCCCGUCAUUUUCUGGUGGCAAGGAGGAGGUUCUUAUUAAGCCAAUUUGGCUUCCUAAUUCUACGAGGCAUCUAGCUCUCUUGACUUCAAAAUCUGUCCAGAUUUUUGAUAUCUUUUCCGAGUCUCCAAAACUUCUGUACAAUUUCAAGCCUGUGGUAGGCAAUUUCCUAGAUGCUACAUUCAUCUAUGCCCCAAGAACUGAGGAUGAUGAUGAUAAGACUGGAGAAGAAUAUGUUUUCUCUGAUGUUGUCCUGAUUGUUAUGGCCACUUUUGGAUCGAUAUUGAGACAGCGUCUUUUGCCAUCGACAGAAAUCAGCCAGGGUGAAUUCUUUCUCGCUGAGAGCUUUGAAUGGGAGAGUGGUGGCUUAAGAAACCUCGAUGGCACGGAUACAUCCUGUGCUGCCUAUAUUGAGUCAUUACGCGAUCCAUCCACUGGCGUAGUGGCUAACGGUGGUGUGAGCGUCUUCUACUCGGCCAGUCUUCACCUCCUCUUCCAUUCCUACUUGUCGGGACACACUUUUGUAACUGCUUUGAACAUUUCCCCUUGUGAGGAUAGCAGUGGAGUCGGUAUUAAAGCAAAUCAUUCCUUCCUACUUGCGGUUCCCAAAUCCCAAUCAAAUAAUGCGCCUGAGGCAGUAAAAGAUCAACUUAAAGACAUCUCGUGGAAUGGACCUCUUCGAGAUUUUUCUGACGUUCCUGGUCAACUUGGCAUGUUCUCAGCGACGACAAGUGAUCCACUUAGCCAGAACAUUCUGAUCGCCAUAGAUCCCGACACUGUAUGGAUUCAAACUCUUCCUACCGAAACGCAAUCAAUGCUGGCGAGGUCCACGCAGAGAGUGGAGGAUUCUAGCGCACCAAAUCCUGCUUCAACUGCUGCUGAUGCGAAUUCUAUAAAGAAUGAAGCGACCGUUUCGAAUCCGUCUACUACAUGCGCAUAUGUGACUUCUCGUUGGAGUGGAAAUGCGGAGUUUGGAUCUCGUCUUUUCACUUUACAACUGGCAAGAUCUGGUGCCAUUCAAGUCUUUGCUGGAUUUUCUGAAUCACAUACAACCGAUUCAAGCACAGAACCGUCCGAAUCUAGUUUUGCCAAAAAGCAUAAUCUUUCAGUAGCAUUUCCAGGUCAAUUCUGGCUUCAAUCAGCCCUCCAUCGCCCUAUCUCUUCAUUUAAGCCUCGAGCACCGUCGAAACCCUCUCUUGUUGGGUCCAAAUUUGAAGAUCUGCUACUCUAUGAUUCCUGUCGUAGAAAGAAAUCGAAUCCGACUCCUGUUAAUUCCGAAUCAAUUCGAGAAUUUGCCUUCUAUGCUCUGAAAGCCCUUCCAGCUCUACGACUUUUGGUGGAGAGAAAUACGGUUUUUCUAACAUCCAGUGGUAUUGUUUGCAACAAGACACCAUUCUGUGAUUUUCAUGAAUGGGCCUCUCCUAGUAAAAAUGCCAAUUUCUAUAGUCGUGACCUGCUUCAUAUCCACACUCAUCGAUGGCUCAAUCAGCGUCUGAAAGAAGUGGGUAAUCCAUUAGUGUAUUGUGGUUCUGCUAGUCUUUUCUUCCCACCCUCAAAUAAAUCCAGCGUCGUUGCUUUCACGAUCGAUAUUGAAGUACCCGGGGGAGAGGUUAUUGUUGGUCUGAGAGUAGAGAUGGCUGAGAGUAAUUAUCCAAAAUUCUUUUCUAUUUUCGACCGAAGAUACAACGUUCCAGUUGAAAGUAAGAGCUCAACAAAUUCUGCCAGUGAUAAUAGUGGUCAAUCUCCAUCAAAGCAAUCCUCUGUGUUUGUUGAUAUACCUCUGACACUAUCAGAAAUUCUUCAACUCAAUACUCAUUCUAAAGUACUUAAAAAGGAUCUGCAGCCAAUUCGUCUCUCUGUGGGACAAAGCAAGCACCCCGACGGUUUAACCGCUAUUGAUCGAAUUAUUGUCUACACGGUACCGCGAUCCAGUAUCGAUCCUGCUCUUCUUGUUAACCAUGGAGAUCUUGAGAAUGAUAAUGAAUCUGGUGGUACUGGCAAAUGGCCGUAUUGCAUCAAGGCUACGGAACUUCGAAUCGUUAAACACAACUACUCCUUGGUCAAGUGGCUUGACCGUUUGAUGAACACAGGUUUUGUAACAUGUGCCGUGACAAAGCCUUUUGAGAGUAUUGGGAAAGUCUUCAAGAAUGAAUUCAUCUCUCCAAUUUACGACAAUUUUGUGGAAGAUGGCUCGGAUGCUGAAAUUAACGCUGCUCAACGUGAAAUUGCGGAGUUGAAACCGAUUCUCAGUUCAGUGAUCAGAGAAGUUCUUCCAUCAGCUUUUUCUCAUCCCAAAAAUGACGUCAAAAGAUUUUUCAACAAUAUCGUUCAUCUGCAUACUACUACCGUAGAAGACAUUGCCACCGAUGUAAUCUCACCAAGUGCGAUUCUAGCUUCUCAUGUCUAUAAUUUUGUCAACGUUUUUUCUGUUAUCUCAAUCAAAGAAUGCUCGAUAGUCGCCUAUGGUGAAUGUCUCGAUUACUUAUCAAAAGUUUGGCAACUUGCUCAUGAGUAUAACCAGGGAAAUUCUCUCAGUUUACAUCCCGACCUCACAAUACUCCUCUUUACCAUUUUGAACAAGAAUCUUCUAGCCCUCCAUCCACCCCAAAAAUCACUCUCCUCUGAACUAAACGUUUCUUGGGUGAAAUUGCUUACGCCUCUCGUCAAAAUUGCCAUUUUUGCAUUGGCGGAGUCUCUAGAUCGUGAUGAAAUGGUGGCUGUUGCUGUGGGAGAGCUCAUUGGCAACCUGCUUGUCAAAAGUCACACGCAAAUUGCUUGCCAUACUCGAGAUAUUCUUUCCGCUUCUCUCACUACUCUCUUCUCUAGCAGUCGUCUAAUGACCGAGAUUCUUUGUGAGUCGAAUGAGAAUAACUCUGAAGACAGAGAAGAAGAAACGCCUGUUGAGGUGAUCGAUAGUAAGAAAGCUAGUUGUUCAAUCAAACUAAUGAAACUGGCUAGUGGUGGUAGUGGUAGUGGAAACUCGCGGCUGAAGAGAAUACGUCGUCCCAGAUUCAUGUCCAGGAGGAGUAAUAGACAGGCCCCUACCGUAAAUGAAGAGAUUGACCAAAUUGGAAGAAAUCUCUCUGAGAUGCUACAGUUCAUAGCCAACACGACGAACAUUCAUGCAAUAGAUGAUAACGAUAUAGAGGAGGAGGGUUCAGAAUAUCGAGAGGAGGUUAGAGAACCCAGGGAUGACGAUAUAAUCUAUGGGGCCAAUGAUAUUAGAAAUAGGAGAAAUAGGCGAGCACGAUGGAACGGCUCAUUAUUCUCGGAUUUGGAAUCAGUUCAAGCCGUGGUGGAUGAGAUAUCACGAAGCAUUCGUAACGUGGGAGCCAGAGUGCCUUUUCCAAUGAGUAUUCUUCGAGACUAUCACUUCCUUGAGAAGGUUGACGAUGAAGAGGCCGAAAAUAAAUUCCCGCAUAUCGCAGGUGACCCAAGUUCAGUAGCUGAUCCCGCUGCAAUUACUACCGCAAAUCAAGAUAUGGUGUCCAGGCAAACAUCUGACCGUGACGAGCCUGGCCAUGGAGGCACUUCAGCAACAUCACCCUCCAACACAGCUGAUAACAGAGACGAAGAUAUCCAUAUGGAUCUAACUGUAGGCGGUAAUUAUGACGUUGAUGUUACUGACGCUUCGGAACAAACCUCAAGAGAUGAAGAGGAAGAUGAUGAUGAUGAUGAUGAUGAUGAUGACCAGAAUCUUCUCCAACAUUUACUUGGUUUAGUUUCCUCUCAAAAUCUAGACAUUAACGCAUUGACUGGCGCUAACAACUCGGCUGGUGAGACUGUUAAUGAACCUAAUAACCCCUUACCUGGAGAUUUCUUUGAUUCCACUUUCUUUGAGAAUAUGGAUGAAGAAACGAUUUUGGGUCUGGCAGUUCAAAGAAGUCUUCAAGAUCAGGGCGGUCCUGGAACUGCUGCGCUAUUGGGAGAACAGGCUGUGGCAUCCACGCCACCAGUUGAACGAAAUGUAACACCGCGACAACCCAAUAUCGUCGAUACCAUCGAUUUGACUUUGACUCCAGAUGACACGCCUGCCAGUUCAAGUAGUUUCAGAUCAACUGUUUCUACGCAAGUUCUACCACCGAACACUUCAGGAAAUGAAGUUGAACGCAAAGCUAGCGUCGAGUCAAAAAUUAGUGACAUCUGCGAGGGCUUUCUUUCCACUCUUUUCGAAGGGGAUGAGGAUCCAGUUGAUGAUGAGUUGUUUGAUGCUGAUACCUAUAUGCCCCCUAGUCCUGAAGAAAAUGUAUGCAGCAACUGGAGUUUCGAAUCAAGCCUUUCUGGAACUGAUGUCGACGAGGGCGAGAAGUGUGACAAUGAGAACAAGAGACUUAAUAGCGACAAGUGUAGUGAAAACGAAAGCGACCCACCAUCAGAGCCACCAGAUCCUUCUGAAUGCAUUCUUCAACCCUCUUCACAUACCUCUCAAAGUCUAUGCGCCACUCGCGCUUGUAUUGCACUGAUGCGUCAAUUUAUGCCCAACCUGUCGGACCUCCUUUCAAUUGAAUCUGAAGGUGAUGUCAUUAACGGCCAGCUUUUGAUUCCUUUCCUGCAGACGACCUUCACAAUAUCUAGACUCUUGGAAGCCACUGCUCAAUGCUUGUUCGUCUCAAAUGCUUCGGAUGAGAUGAAGAAACUUGCUGUCAUGGCAAAGACAACUCUGAUUGACGUUGUAACUAAACUAUCUUCAUGGUUCCAUCGUUUGUACGAGAGUGAAGAUGCGUCCUCUUUGAAACCCUCACCUAAUCUUGAAUGCCUUCUACUACUUGCUAAUCUUCUCUCUCGAAUUCUCGUUUCUCAACCAGUCAAUGCCAGUUCUGAAGAUCGAAAGCAUCCGCAAUCUCAGGUCAACGCCACUCCAACCUCUCGGAUGAUUGGAAAGCAGAUAUUCGGCAAUAAUGAUAAUGAUGAGGGACUCUUCUCAAUGUGUAUUAACACAUGCCUCAACAUCGUGCAAGCACUGCGUUUUAAACUUCGGACAAAUCAGAAUCUGCCACUUGAUGAAAAUUCAUCCUCAUCAGCUGCUCAAUCAAGUUCUAAUAAAGCAACUGAGCCAUUUAACCUACCCUUCCUUUCUACUGGCCUUUAUCAAUGUUCUCUGGGCAUUAACUUCUCCAGUCUAGCAUACGGUUUCGGAGCGGGUUUAACUAAUUCAUCGCCACUCCUUGACUCCCAGACAUGUAUGGAUAAGCUGGAGAGAGCUCUUCAUUCUGAUUUCGAACUUCAAGUGACUGAAUCCGCUGUUCAGUUGGCAAUCGCUCUACUCUCUGCAAGAGGUUCUGAAGACAAUAACACGGAGAGAAGAACAACUUGGUGUAAUGUCGCUUACGAUCUCAUUGAACUACUCACUUCCACUGUUGGGCAAUCCGAUGACUCAAAAUCAACUAAAUCAGAAGCCGUACAUAUUCUAAAAUGCAGCCCAACUGGAGCCAGUCGCCUUGCUGGAUUGAUGCGUUCACUGUUAAUUCUUCUCGUGGGUCCGAAGCACUAUAUUCAGCUGAAGGAUGUUCACCUGUUAAAACAGAUGCUGGAUCGGAUGCAAUCGAUCUAUGCCUCAGCUAUUACAGAGGACGCACUUGUUGGAAAGGAAAAAUCAUUUUUCCCUAAUCCGAUUCCGUACUUUAGUGAAUGCUGCAUGCUCCGCUGUAUUAACACAUGUUUGGAUAUUGCGCUGGAGAAUCGUUCAACUUGGGAGCGUUUAUCUCUUCGAAAACCGGAUUGCUUCCUUUUUAUGCUGGAAAUCAGCCUUCGUGUUCGGGACGUUCUUGCCCAGGGUCUACUCUCAUUGGUUCUUCUAGCCGUCCUUCAGGAUUCAACCCGAGUUUGUGUCGCGGCUAAAGUGAAUAAAUUGGAGGAGCCAUCUUCAGCCACUAGGAAGUUUUUCAACAGUUUGACUCAACUGAUUAUUGAUGAGGAUGAUAAUCAAAACCUUCUACUGAAUUUCAUUCGUGGAAAUGUGUGUUGUCGAUCUGAUAAACGAAUUCGUUUCACUGCAGCUUCUAUAUUGGUUCAUCUUGCAUGCCAAUGCAGGAGCGGUUCUUUUGCAACAGCAAUCUUGAAGCACCUGCCUCAAUUAUGGUCAGAACUCCCCUCAUUUGCACCCUACGGCAGCGAGCUGACCUUUUUGACUCUCAACGUUCUUCAACUCCACCCCAAAGGACCUACUGCUGAGUCGCUUGUUAAUCAGUUGAUGCAAUUGCUUCUCAACCAAUUGAAUGCUAUUGCUGAGCAUCCAAAGCGUGAUAUCUACAAGAGUCUCAUUAGGGCCUAUUCCGCAAGUGGAAUCACAGUCGGCAUGACUUGUGCCUCCGAUGAUGCAAAAUGGGUAGGAUUGCAUCUACCAGCCAAUUUUGUUUCUCAAUUUGCGCCUCCUUCUUACAUUCCUCCACUAGUGACAUCUCAACUCAUUUCUUGUCCCUCCGACACUGAGCCCUGUCUCCUUUGUAAUCACCCCCUCGAAUCCUACAUGCCUUUCAUCAAUCUCCACUGGAACAGCCACACUCCCUCCAGACGCCACGGUACUAACGGAUCUUUCUCCUCGACACCUGGAACUUCUGGCAACGCUCUCACUUUGACUUCAUCCUCAAAGCCUAAUUACCCCUUUUCCCUUUACGUUUUUGAGUGUCAGCUACCCAGUUUACCAAAUAAUACUCCCACUUCAACCACUUCAACCACCACAACUGCCACCAACACCACGCCUGCAAAUCCCACUUCAGUUAUUGAUAUAGAGCCUGUGACCAGCGUCUCACCUAAUGUACACAUAUACUCGCUAAGAGAGAAUUGGCAAGUUGGUCGUAUUGUGGUUCAAUUCUCGCCUCCGACUUCUUCGACUCAUAAUAUUCGAACACUCAAUAUCUUGACCUCGGAUGCUUUCGAAUGCCCACCAGCUCGGUUAAUGCAUUCAAGAAAUCUUUGGAAACAUCUAGUUCAAGUUGACUUCCCUCCCACAAAACACAAUUUGGUGGUCAAUUUAACCUCUGAAACCAUACCUGAUGUGGGUGGUUCAAAUGCACUCUCCAUGGAUCCAUCUAACACCGUUGAGGUAAAUAUCUCAGGAGGUCUACCUUUGCAUGCUAAUGCAAUAAUCUUCCACUAUGCAGCCUUCCAAUUUUCGGAUGGUAGUGAGACUAAAGCCGAUGGAGCUGGAACUCGCAGACGCCGCAAACUUUGUUCUAGGUGCAAUGUGCCCCUUAAUAAUAGCUUAACGUGCUCAAACUGUGGACAGAGUGGUAAUCAAUGCAGUCGAUGUCUCUUCAUCAAUCUCACGGAUGAAGAAGCGUUCCUCUGUCCAAAGUGCGGAUCCUCUAAUCACAAUUUUAUGAAUUACUAUGUAGCAGUGAGGCCCUCUUUCUCUCAUGUUAGCCGAUUGUCUGAUGAGGAGGAUCGACGAAUAGCGCUCUCGAAAAUUGUCGCUUUAACUAAGGAAUUAAAUAUUCAUAACAUCUCAACUGGUCGUGUUCAAAGUGCAUUGUUCUCUAAGCCUUCAAGAGAACCCUUAAAAUCUAUUCAUUGGCCUCGGGAUAAUGUUAUCAAGACGCUGACUGAAAUGGAUAACCGUGCCAAAAUGUCUGUGCUCCUUGUUAGUCGCUUAUGGUCUUUGAGACAGUCCGUAGCUCUAUAUGACGGCCGAUGUUCGUUUAAUCUUUCAUCCGAGGCGAAUGUCCCCUGUUUUAAUUAUUCUAGCGGCGAUGAUAGGUGUUUGCGAUGUUCCCAGGCCGCCAUCACCCUUCUUGCUCAUUUGAUCUUGUCUAUUAAACCGUCUGUUUUCUCUGAAGAUUUGCGAAAAGAAUUUAUCACUCGGGGUAUGCCCCUUCUUAAUAGCCUAUGCGCUGCCGCUCAAGGAAAACUUUUGAACUCCAUUUGCCAUAUCACUUCAAAUUCGGUUCCGAUUAUCAAUCACUUUGGUGACUUGUUAAUCUCUCGUUUGAGUGCCCUCGCUCAGUGUGAUGAUUACAUUUUCGACUUCCACUAUUCUACUUAUUUGGAAGUCUCUUUGUUGAAAGCCAAUUUGAAGGCAGCUAUGCAUGACACUACUAUUUGUGUCGACAGAAAUCGACUCUGCUCGGAAGCCCGACUUCGAAUUUUCUUCCGCCUUAUUAAAAAUCUGAUUUCACGUAAUGUCUCUCCUGUCGUGAUGGAUGGUGUUAUUAUGAGCUGUGUUGAAUGUCUCCCUAGUAUAAUCGAUAAACCGGUAGCGCAACCUCUCACUUAUCGAGCUCCAGGAGUUAAUUUCGAAGCUUGGCUUCGUGGAGAUGACUCUGCUGGUUUCAACACUUGGCUAAAACAACUGAAAAUCGCUCAACAGAUGUCUGUAUUUGCUCCUAAGUUGACCGAAGGAAAACCGUCUCGUGAACUCAUUCUUAGCGCACGGUUUGCCCGUCGCUGGAGAUAUAAAACUUUGAUUGCUCGCUUGUCUCCUUUAAUGAAAAUUGAACGAUCUGUAGGCCUAACUGUUCCUGGAGGUUGGCUGAAACGCCUUCUAGAUUAUUCGUUCCAUUCCAAUCGAGAAAUGUGUUUCCAGUCGACUGGACUCGAUCUCCUCACUAAGCUUGUUUUCAGCAAGUUACCAUCAUCCUCCUAUCGAACUGUAGACUGUAUACACUUCCUUCUUCAGUACUAUGUCCCGAAGAUAAGCACCUUGGUUCGAGGUAAUCGUGGUUCCAUAACUGCUGAAACCUUACCUAUGAAUUCAAUGAUCGCCUUCUUAUGGACCCUUAUUGCUGAUGACUUGCCUGAUAGCAUGAGGGAAAUUAUUUCCAGGAGGACUCUGCGUUACGGUCUUGAGUCAGCUUCAAAGUCUUCAAAUCCCUCUGGAGUUGAGUCUGCUGUUUCUAUGGCACCGUUGGUUUUGACAUCUCUACUGCUCUCUCAAGGCCGUUUACUUGAUCGCGUGGAAGCGUUGUUGACCGAAACUUUACAUAACCUUUCAAGCUUUGAAGGAGUUAAUGAAAAGAUUUGUGAACUUCCCCACCUGUAUUCUUGGACGAAUGCUCUUCCUUCAAGAUUAUCCGCAGCUAGUGGUUCUGGAGCUCUGCCGAGUAUUAAUGCUGGUUACGUCAUGAUGCACAUUUCCGAUCUUCUGGCUAUUCUUCAACCACUGAACAAGCUCCGUCCAGAAUAUCAAAAUCGUCUGUUCUCCUUGCUCCUUCGCCUAAUUGUGGUUCUACAGGCUCUAGUCUUUCUGCGGACUUCUUUCACGAUGAAAGCUGAAACCCUCUUCAAGGAACUUCUUCAGCAAAUCAUGAUUAAUGCUGGUGAUCGGGUUACAGAUUUCAUUCGAAUCACAAUGGAUUUCUUGUCGCAAUGUUCAAAUGACCAAUCUGCCAAUUACAGUUCAGUAGUCUUCUUACUCAAACGCAUCUGUGAUUGUGCCUGCCCUCUGCCUGGUGAAAUAGCACCCUUCGAGGUUCGCGUCUCGGUCUGGCGUGAUCAAGAAGAGUAUCUUGUCGUUCGGCGCACUCGUAAUGUCAUCAUGUCUAAUACUCGGGGCUUUGGGCCAACCAUUGGUGAUGUAGUCAAUUACAUAUGCACAGAGAACAAUCUGACAACAUCAAUUCUUCUGGAGGUCGUUUGUGAUGGCAAUAUCCUAAUGCCGAAUCUCCUACUUGAGGAUGUCUACAGAUAUCUUUGGCUUCAAAGUCACCGUGAUGCGAACAGUGCGUUGGAGCUAACUUAUCGGAUCGCAGGUUUAGAAAAUGAUAACUUGCCAUAUUUGUCACAUAUACCGCAUCCUACAAUUUCAUUCGAAGAGUAUUCUCGUCUGGCUAUUCUCACGGAACACCCUGGAGGUUUCAAGGUCAUUUUAAAUCAAUUGUCAGGUCUCACUGACGCAUUGAAAUGCCGUGAUCUUCUUCACACUUCCGUUCAUUUGCUUGAGUAUUGUUUGAAGGUUCCUGAAUGUCAGGCUAGUCUGCUAGAUCCGCAACUUAGGGUGAUCCCGAUUUUACUUGAUGCACUCUAUGCCUGCUUAAGGGUACUUCAACAACAGAAUGGUCCAACUGAUAACUCUAAUGAAACCGAAAAUCAUGCUCACUUCCAUAAUCAAGUUACUUCUCGUCUCGUUGGCAUUCUGACAACAAUUCUCAACAACGCUGCAAAUAAUAAUGAAAUCGAGAACCAAGUGAAGGGCAAUGACAGCGAUCUUAUGGGACUUCCACGACUUCUCAGUUGCAUAUCUCUUUAUCCCGAAAUGGACGUUGUUAAAUCUGGGGUGGCUAAACUUCCAGGUCUCCUAGCUUUUGGCUCGGAAGCAAGAAUGACAGCUAUUGUUGACUUUCUGCGUGAAAAUGCCACCAAACCGCUUCUAAUUGAUGGAAAUAGCUCGAUGGUUGAAGACGAUGAGAACUUGUUGCAAUGCUGCUGCGCUUUGGUUAUGUCUAUUCCGCAUAAUACAGUGCAUGGAAGAUGUUUGAGAGCUAGGAUUGUUGAAGGUUUGCAACUGUUGAAGCUCUCGGUGGACUUUCUCUGGAAAAUUAUCCCGUCCAACUUUUUGACUGAACCUGAGGAGACUGUUCUUGAUACAAAUAAUGCUGCGGUUUUGAAGUUCUCGGAAAACUCCUUCCUGCCUUUUGUACUCCAACUUCUUCGUGGUUGCAUGUGGUGUCCGAUGUCUGUGACAGCUGAUACCAAGGAUCCACCCCCUCCUAUUUUCCCUUCUCCACCUCCUGAACACACAACUCGUCAACUUCUUGCCUUCCUUCACAAAUUGGAGGAUUCAAAGUGUGUUGGACAAAUUGGUCUGUUGUGUGAGGAUCUUUUCAAUGAGUGGAUUGAUUGUGCUAGAGAUAAUAAGUUGGAGAGUACAGAUUUAACCACAUUUAACGGUGUCAUUUGCACUAUUCGUGAGCUUCGCUACCUCUCACAACAACGUCAUCGUCAAAACGCUCGUGCAUGUCGUGAAAAACACCUCCUAGCUCUUAAUAUGAAGGUUAACGAGAAGGGUCAAGUAGCUAUGACAACCGCAAAUUUGUUGACAGAAAUGGCAGCACAGGUUGUCGAGGAAACAGGUCUCCAAUGUGCCAUCUGCCAUGAAGGACCACGUUCAGCACCACGUGAGGAACUCGGCAUUUACGCAUUUAUUCGCCGAACGAAAUUAGAGGAAUCGUUAAUCGCCGGAGAAGUAGUGGGGACUUCGAGCCACCCAAAACCCUACAAUUCUACCGAUGGUCCUCAGAAAGCUGGAGACGGAUACACAACAGUAUCCAGCUUUGUUUUGGUACACUUUGAAUGUCAUGCGAAGGCUGUGCGUGCCUCCACACAGAACGAGUGGAACGUGGCUACUAGACACAAUCGAGAUGCCAGAUGCAAUUGUCUCCUCCCUGUUCUUAUGAGAGAAGCUCCAGCUCCUGAUAAGGAUGGCGAGAAGAAAGACGCCACGAUAAAAGAUGGAGAUUCAAAGGGGAAGAAGGGAGACGCUGCUUCCAACAGCUCCAUGCGCGAACUCUUUAUUAAGAGAGUAAACAGCCAUAAUCUCAAUGUCUCUAUGGUUGUCUCUAUGACUGUAAGCACUCGUCUUGCCUUCCAUGAUAUCAAAUUACUUCUUCUUCGAUUCGCUUUUCAACGUUCUUUCCAUGGUGAAACUGGUGGAGGUGCUCGAGAAAGCAAUCUCAACCUAAUUCCCCAUCUUAUGCAGUUGGCCUUCUAUCAAAUGAAAAAGGAGCAGACGCUGGAAUCUGAACGUAGCAACCUGAUGAGAGUUCUAGAUAGCCCAGAAUCUCAUUGGUAUACGGAGAAAUGGGAGGCUGCUGGACCUCUGUACUGCGCAGUAGUUGCUCUUCAUCUCUUCUCUCGCAGCGAAUGGGACAAGCAUCGUGUUGCUCUGCUCCGUCGCCUCAUAGUUCUUGCUCAUGCCCGGGCGAUGUCGUCAGAUGCUAAGUCCUCAGAGGCACUAGCUUUUAGUGUCUAUAAGCCCUAUCUCUUAUACUUUGGUCUAAUUCAGGCUUUCUAUACUCACUUCUUCAAGAGUGUAAAAGAACCAACUGGAGAGGAGAGUUCAAAUUCCUCGUGGUGGCCUGAAGUGGUGUCGGAAUACAUUCGGGUUUCGGACGAAAACUUGCUCUCAGCUACGCCGGAACUCCUCUCCUUCUUUGAAGAUGACCUAUUGCCUGUUGAUUCUGUAGAGGAAUUCCUUGAUGUAACUGAGUCUUAG